AAAAUAUCAAUGUCUGUUUCAUUUCAUUCAUUGUCGACGUUGAAUGCUUUAAUUAUCUUCCUUUCAGACAAUUUAUUCAUUUCAAGCCUUUCUUUUACUGGCCUAGCGAACCCAUCUGCUUAAAGAAUUUCUUCUUCUCCAGAGAAAAAAUGGCUGAGAAAUGCAGAGGCAUAGAAGCUUGGGGUUCCAUUAUGUGGUUUAUCUUGCUGCAACUUUUAGCUAUUUGCUUAGAGACGAAAGGUUCAAAUGUUUUUGCCUCUGGUGCUUCUAUCAUUCAAGAGCAUGCUAGGAGGAGACUGGACGAUGUAGCUGGCUCCAUAAACGUUGAUUGUGGAAUACCAGAAAAUUCAAGCUACACCGAUCCCAGUACUGACAUACCAUACGUUCCGGAUGGGGAGUACAUUGACACAGGAGUGAAUAAGAAUAUAACUGCCAACAUCAGUUCUAAUGAACUUCCAAGGUAUGUGAUGACUGUCAGAAGUUUUCCUCAAGGAAACAGAAGCUGUUAUACCCUGAGACCACCAGAAGGCAAAGCUAAGGUCUACUUGAUUAGAGCCACCUUCAUGUAUGGAAAUUAUGAUAAUCUGGACAAGUUGCCAGAGUUUAGUUUAUAUGUUGGAGUUAAUUUGUGGGAUACAGUAAAGUUUGACAAUGCUUCUCAUAUAGUAAACAAGGAGAUCAUACAUGUCCCCACAAUGGAUAACAUAUAUGUCUGUCUUCUAAACACUGGUUCAGGAACUCCUUUCAUAUCAGCUCUAGAGUUAAGGCAUUUACAUAAUUCCACUUACACAGCAAAAUCAGGAUCACUAAUUCUAUGCCAACGACUCGAUUUUGGCUCAACAACCAACAAGAUAGUGAGGUACAAUGAAGAUGUUUAUGAUCGCAUAUGGUUUCCUUAUAACUGCCCUCAAUGUGCUUUGCUACAUACUUCCUCCACAGUUGAUUCCCUUGGUAGCUCUGAAUUCAAUCUACCAUCAAAGGUGAUGCAAACUGCUGUCCAGCCAAUAAAUGCAGAUGAACCACUCAAUUUCGAAUUUGAUUUUGGCAACCCUAAUGAAAAUUUUUACGUUUUCAUGCACUUUGCUGAAGUUGAAAGGGUCCAAAUGAAUCAAUCUAGAGAAUUCAACAUUAGUUUAAAUGAUCUGGUGUUAGGAGAAGUUGUUGUACUCCAGUACCUGCGCUCUAAAACUAUAACCCUGCAGCCGGUGAGAGGAGCUAAGCUUAGCUUCUCUCUCUAUAAGUUGGCAAAUUCUACCCUUCCGCCCAUUUUGAAUGCACUGGAAAUAUAUCUAGAGAAAAUUUUCUGGCAGCAGCCAACAAACCAAGAAGAUGCAAAUGCAAUUGAAGACAUCAAGUCAACAUAUAACGUGGUUAAAGGUUGGCAAGGAGAUCCGUGCUUACCUCAUCCAUCUUGGGAUGGCUUGAAUUGCAAUAAAAAUGGCUAUCAUCCCCCAAGAAUUAUUUCCCUGAAUUUGUCAUCAAGUGGUUUAACAGGAGAGAUAUCUCCUUCAUUGUCCAAUCUUAAAUUAUUGCAGCACCUGGAUUUAUCAAACAACAGCUUAACGGGAGGAUUACCUGAAUUUCUGUCAGAACUACCAAAUUUGAGGACUUUGAAUUUACAAGGAAACAAACUCUCUGGUUCGGUUCCUUUGGCUCUAAUGGAAAGAUUCAAUAACAGAUCAUUGUCAUUGAGACUGGAUUGGAAUCCGGAGCUUUGUCUGGUGUCUCCAUGCAAAGGAGAUCAGAAGAAGAGUGUUGUGGUUCCAGUAGUAGCAACCAUUGUUCCAUUUGUGGUCAUCCUCACGGCACUGAUUGUUAUCCUGUGCAUCUACAGAAGAAAAAAAGUUGCGUGGAUGUUCGCCAGUUUCCAGAAAGAAAAAGGAUCGCAAUUGAGGUCAGAUAACAGACAAUUCACAUAUGCUGAGAUUGUAAGAAUUACCAACAACUUUAGCACUAUUAUUGGGAAGGGGGGAUUCGGAACAGUUUACCAUGGCUACUUAAGUGAUGGUACCCAAGUUGCUGUCAAAAUGCUUUCUCCAACAUCAGGUCAUGGCUCAACUCAAUUUCAAACUGAGGCUCAUCUCUUGAUGAGAGUUCAUCACAGGAAUUUAGCUUCAUUUAUUGGUUACUGCAAUGAAAGUAUAAACAUUGGGAUAAUUUAUGAGUACAUGGCCCGUGGAAAUUUAGAACACUAUCUGUCAGAUAAAACAAGAGGGGUAUUGAGUUGGAAAGAGAGAUUGCAGAUUGCAGUGGAUGCAGCACAAGGGCUAGAGUACUUGCACCAUGGUUGCAAGCCCCCUAUAAUUCACAGAGAUGUGAAGAGCGCCAACAUUUUGUUGAAUGAUAAUUUGCAGGCCAAGAUAGCUGAUUUUGGGUUCUCAAAAAUGUUCCCAUCUGAAAGUAAGAGCCAUUUAUCAACAGGAGUUGUUGGCACCUUUGGUUACCUUGAUCCAGAGUAUUACUCAGCCAGCAGGCUAACUGAGAAAAGCGAUGUAUACAGCUUUGGAAUAGUUCUUCUAGAGCUAAUCACAGGCCAGCCUGCAAUAAUAAAAAACCAAGAUCAGAACAUUCAUAUUGUUCAUUGGGUACGUCCUUAUAUCGAAACGGGAGAUAUAAGAAAUGCAGUUGAUCCAAGACUAGAUGGAAAUUUCGAAACCAAUUCUGUUUGGAAAUUCAUGGAGAUAGCAAUGUCAUGUGUACCAUCAAUUUCCAUUCAAAGGCCAACUAUGAACCACGUAGUUUCAGAAUUAAAGGAGUGUUUAGAAACAGAAAUUGCUCGUGAACAGAAUUGCAGAAUGGAGGGGCAAACAGCGAGACUAAGCAAUUCGUUUGAAAUGAUUACUGUGGAUCUUGAAACAGAAAUGGGUCCAGAAGCAAGAUAGAAAUGAAGGUCGUUUUCCACAAUUGCGUAAUUGUACUCAUGUCUCUUGUUAUAUACUCGAUGAAACAUAUUUAUUUUCAA